AUGGGCAGAAAAAGAGAAAAGAAACCAAAUACAUGGGAUCCAAAAAGAACAAAAAAGAGUAAGACUGAAGGUGGUGAAGAAUCAACAGCAGGUGACAAUAAAAUCGAUAGUACAAAAUAUUGGAAUGAUAUUGUACCAAGAAACGAAUUUUUUGAAGCAUAUUAUAAGACAUUAGGUAUUUGUAAAGAUGAUGCAGAAUGGGAAAAUUUUAUGGGCACAUUAGCCAAACCACUCCCAACCACAUUCCGUAUCAAUACAACUAUUGGUAAAUCACUUCAAUCUGUUGUCGUCGAUCAAUUAAACGAAAUUGCAAAUGAUAAGAGCGGAACUAUUGAAAUUGAUGGUGAAAUGGUCGAAUUGCCAAAACCACUCAAAUGGUAUCCAAACAAUAUGGCUUGGAUCUCUGAUAUUCCAAAGAAAUCAUUUAGAAAGAAUCCAGCACUUACAAAAUUCCACAACUUUUUAAUUCAUCACAAUCAACAAGGUAACAUUACUCGUCAAGAAGCCGUUUCCAUGAUUCCACCACUCUUUUUAGAUGUACAAAGUCACCACAGAAUUUUAGAUAUGUGUGCUGCACCAGGCAGUAAAACCACACAAAUUCUCGAAGAUCUUCAUAUGAAACAUAACAUCGAAGUAAAUUUAGACGUUGAAAAACCAUCUGCCUAUAUUCCAAAAGGUUCAAUCAUUGCAAAUGAUGUCGAUACCAAUCGUUGUUAUAUGUUGGCUCAUCAAACCAGUCGUUUAGGCAGUCCAGCUAUUAUCAUUACAAAUCACGAAGCUCAAAAUUUCCCAUUACUCUAUGACUCAAAUAACGAACCAAUGUAUUUAGAUCGUAUUCUUUGUGAUGUACCAUGCAGCGGUGAUGGUACCUCACGUAAAAAUCCAGAGGUUUGGAAGAAAUGGAACUUUUCAGGCGGUAUUGGUCUUCAUACAUUACAACUUAGAAUUGCUACACGUGGCUGUCAUCUCUUAAAGGUUGGUGGUCGUAUUGUAUAUUCAACAUGCUCAAUGAACCCAGUUGAAAAUGAAGCUGUUAUUGCAGCCCUCUUAAAAAGAUCAGAAGGUUCAAUGAAAUUAGUUGAUGUUUCAUCUCAAUACCCAGAUCUUGUCCGUAGUCCAGGUAUUUACACAUGGCCAGUUACUGACAAAGAAGGUACCUAUGCCAAUUGGGACGAAUUAGAUGAACUUAAAAAAAAUAAAUAUUUCAAAACAUUAUGGCCAUCAACCGAAGAAGAAGCAAAGAAAAUGCACUUGGAGUAUUGUAUGCGUGUUUAUCCACAUCAACAAAAUACUGGUGGUUUCUUUAUUGCUGUUUUAGAAAAAGUUGCAGAUUUCCCAAAUCAAUUAGAUACAGAAACUAAAGAACAAACCCCAGCCGAUGAAGAAAAUAAAAAUAAUAAUAAUAAUAAUAACAAUAAAGGAAAAUUCGAAAAGAAGAUUAAAGAGCGUGAUAGAAGAAAUAAGUUUUACGAAGAACCAUUCCAAUUAUUAAGCGAAGAAAUGAAGACACAAUUAAAUGUAGCUAAAGAGUUUUAUGGUUUAACAGACGAGUUCCCAAUGAACAAUUUAUUAUCACGUAGCGACAACUCACAAAAAGUAUAUUGGGCAUCAGAUAGCGUUAUGGAAAUCAUCAAAAACCCAGAAAAUAAACGUUUAAAGAUUAUCAAUUGCGCAUUAAAAGUUUUCCAACGUCACGAUGGUUUAGGUUCAAUGGAUUGUCCAUAUCGUAUUUCACAAGAUUCAAUUCUCUGGUUAGAACCAUUCAUCACCAAACGUAUUGUCACUAUGACCCACGAUGAUUUAGCCAAAAUUAUUAAAUACACCGAACCUAAAUUUGUUGAUUUCCCAUCCGCAGUUAGAGAAGAAUUAGUUAAAUUAGGUCCAGGUUGUUUCUCACUUAAAAUCUCUGGUAACCUCAGAGAAACUCCUUCAUCUGGUAUGACCUUUUCUGCUUGGAGAGGAAGCACCUCAAUGCAUUUAUUAGUAUCAAAACAAGAAAUUCAAUCAUAUGCAAGCAUUUUUGGCAUUGAAUAUGUUUCACCAAGAGCCAACACAAAUACAAACACAACCACAACCACUACCACCACUGCCACUACAGAUGCCAAAACUACCGAAUCAACUGACUCUUCUGAAAAAAAAGAUGAAUCAGCCUAA